GAUUCCUGCUGUACAAGUGAAGAGCGCAGCUGAUUGGUGCUGGCUGUUGCUGGGGGAGAUUUCCAGCCCUCUGAUUUGUUGUUGGUUUAGUGGCGGGAAGCUGUUCCCCUUUAUAUUUACAGGUUCGGCAGAGCUGGCUCAGAUGUGCCUGAAGAACUGACCAGCGUGGGACAUGGAAGAACUCCUGCAGCAGCUGAUGAAGAGAGCGGGGUCCGCCGGCGGAGAAGAGUGGCUGCGGAGCUGUUUGAAGAUGCCGGCGCCGCUGCUAUCAAGCCCACCUGAAGUGCUGACAUCGCCGCCGAGCUCGUCUGUACCGCCGCUGGGGUCCCCGAUGUUACCGCCGCCGCCGCUGUCUCUGGAGCCGCCGCCGCCAGCUGUUGAAGAAAGUCCGGUGCCAGCAUGGGGAAGCCGUCCGGAGCUGCGCACCACCAGAGGAUCCAGCAGCCGUUUCCGGGAGGAGGAGGCUGCAGCGCUGCCCAGCAAAAGAGCUAGAAGUGCAGGGAGCGCUUGUACUCCUCCCCCGGGGGCGGGGCGUCGGCGCAGCACCAAUCGGAGAAGAGCAGCUUCUCAGAGAGGCCGGCAGUCCUCCAGGAUCAGAGAGUCUGGAAGGCAGAGUGGCAGUUCCUAUACAGAAGCUGUUCUCACUGGUGUGGAACGUCAUCAGGAUGCUGCCACUGAGGAGCUGCAGCAGGAAGUGGAGCAGCAGAUCCUGCAGGAUGAAUUACAGGGGCUGCCUGUUGAGAGGCUCCCACCUCUGCUGGUUGAGCCAUCUCCGGGCCCCCUGGGAAGAUCACCACACCUAUCAUCUGCUGCCUAUGGUCCACGCCAGGAAGGACAGCCAGUGGUUCCUGAGGUUCCGGGAAUUAGCUCCGGAGGCGGAUCUGGAUGGGAGCCCAUGUCCUCAACAUCUGUGGGGCUUGAUUUGGGACUGAUGUCUGAAGCUAUUGAGAGGUCCUUGGCCCCGAGAACAUGGGCAGCUUACUCUGCCGCAUGGCGGGAUUGGUGGUAUUUUUUAAAUGCUUGCUCAAUGGAUAUUAAAGGGGAUGUUUUAAGUUGCGGUGUAUUGUUUGUUACUAGCUUAUUUAAUAGGAAAUUGGCGGCUUCAUCUGUGGCGAAAGUAGUGGCUGGCGUGUCAUUUUUUCAGAAACUGCGGGGUGAGAGGCCGUUAUCUUCCUUUUUUCAGAUUAAGCAGGCUCUGAAGGGUUACAAGAAAGGUAUUGGUAAGUUGGAUGCUAGGAGGCCAAUUUCUAUCUCUUUAUUGGGGCAGCUUUGUAAAGUUUUGUCUGACGUGUGUAGGGACCAGGGUGAAAUAUUGCUUUUUCGUACAGCUUUUGUGUUAGCCUUUUUCGGGGCUUUUAGGAUUAGUGAGUUAGUUGCGGCAAGCCGUAAUAGUGUGUCAGGUUUGGGUUUUUCUGAUGUUAUGGUGAGUAAUGAUAAAGUCGAGAUUCUUGUUAGGAAGUCAAAAACUGAUCAGUAUGGUAGGGGUCAGGUAGUUAGUUUACAUUCUUGGGUGGGUUCUGAAUUUUGUCCGGUUAUAUUGGUAAGGUGUUUGUAUGAGAUGCAUCCCUCUAAGUGUGGUUCCUUUUUAAUGCACCAGGAUUCCUCCCCUCUCACUAAAUUUCAGUUCAGCGCAAUUUUUAAAAAAUGUUUGGGGAAAUUGGGCCUUAGUUCUGCAAAAUUCUCGUCACAUUCUUUUAGGAUAGGUGCUGCGACGGAGGCUGCCAGGUUUGGGCUGGAUGAUUCAGUAGUUAAAAGAAUUGGGAGGUGGGAAUCUAAUAGGUUUAAAAUUUAUGUUAGGCCGAAUUUAAUGCUGCCAGUCUGAAUGCUUUUCUAUUUUUGCAGGAAGUCAGUUUGUGAUUUGGAUUGUGGGACAUUCAUUUGUUUUUUGGGCUCAGAAGCGAGCUGAAAAAAGAAUAUACUCAGAGAAUUUGUCGUUUAAUACAUCUGAAGUUCUUAUUUUUUGGCAGGGUGUUAGAGGGUUGUGUUGGAAAGGGUUAAUGGAUGAAAUUAAUAAGCUUAUUAAAAAAUGGCCUGUUCCUCAUUUGGUUAUCAUUCAUCUUGGGGGGAAUGAUUUAGGUAAGAUAAGGACCUGUGAGCUACUGUGGGUCAUGAAGAGGGACCUGGCCUUAUUACAUCAUAGUCUUCCUAGUACUAACUUAGUUUUUUCAGAGAUUGUCCCUCGCU